AUGGCUCAAAUGAACGUUCAAACCACUAAACUGACGCAACCAUAUCCAGGUCAUAAAAUGUCGUGGCUUAAAAAAUUCAAUUUGCGAAAUUCUUGCUAUUUUCGAACUAUCUUUGGAACUUCAAAAAAACUAAAAUUGUACCUUAACCUACCAAUGUUCCCCUGUCCUUGCCAAACACGUGCUUCAUUCAAUUCUAUUUCCCCAUAUCAAACUGAAAUUUUCGAUGUAGCAGUGUACACUACCCGGGAAGUUUUCCGCCGGUUAUCUGCUUGGUUGGAUGUGGUACUUGCCAUGGUCCGGUUUUUAAUCAUAAGAAAUUCCUUGAACUCGAAAUUCGACAAAUUAUCAAAAUCGUGUACAUGUACAGUAUCCCCGGUUUCGACAAAACCCUACUUGGCCAUCCAGGUUUUGUAUGUUAUCGAUGGAAUUUUACGGAUUUUUCCAUCUGCAAUUCUACCAAUGUUGACUUAUCUGCUAGUCAAGGAGCUAAAGAAUGCAAAACUUUUGAGAAGAAAAUUGUCGUUUACGAGGACUAAAGAGGAAAACACCGAAUCCGAUCAUACCACCAAAAUCGUUGUUUUCAUGACAAUCAGCUCAAUGAUAGCGCAAGUUCCCCUUGGAAUAGUAUACGUCGGUCAGGGUCUCGAAACUUCUCAAGAUUUUCACUUUGAAUGCCGCUAUGAAUGCUCCACUGUUUUAUUUGCUUAUCUGUUUCUUCACAGUACCGAGAAUCUGCGAAGAAACUUUUCAAUUGUUUUAGGUCCAUUAACGAUAUGA